AUGCGUGCAAAGGUUUUGCUUCAAGUUGCCUGCCUUGUUUCGGUGCUUGUGAGCAGCUUGGCCGCUCGCCGUUUCCUCGAAGACAAGGAGCCAAUCAAUAACCACGACCGUGAACAUUUUGUAAUUUCCCCUGAUGUCGGUGUCGGGGAGGAGCCGUCCCAUGCGGAGCAGGAAUGCCUUCGCUUCCUCAUCGGGAACAUGCCUGCAACCGACCAUAUGGCUCUCCGGUACACGUUCCUUCAUAAACAAGUGCACCUUGCUCUGAAAGCACGUGCAGACAACAGCUGGGCAUCGGCCGUGCCAUGGGACAUUUUCUUAAACAACGUCCUGCCCUACGCCAAUCUGGACGAACCACGCGAGGACUGGCGCACAAGCUUCUACGAAAAAUUUGCGCCGCUGGUGUCCGGCACCAUCUCCACUCUGGACGCGGCCGUUGCACUGAACUACCAAAUCUGGUCGCUAGGCGGCUGGAACAUCACCUUCAAGGCCGGUCAAACCCCUGAUAUCAUGUCACCAAGUCAGGUGAUCUCUCACGGCUACGCGUCCUGCACCGGACUGGCCAUCUUCUUCGUGGAUGCGUGUCGUGCCGUGGGUAUCCCGGCGCGCGUGGCAGGGAUCGCCGAGUGGGUGGGGACGGGCGGCAACCACAACUGGGUCGAGGUCUGGCACGACGGCGUGUGGUCCUUCACCGACCCCAUCGGCUUCCCCAACCGCCCAUGGAACCGAACCUGGUUCUUCCCGGACCCGGUGAGUGGAGCCAAGCUGCACAGCUACCGACACGGUGUUUACGCCGCCUCCUUCAAACCCACCGGGCGAGUCUUUCCUCUGGCAUGGCACGACGAGUACGAAUCUGCCGUACCUGCGUACGAAGUCACCAAGUACUACCUUGAUGCAGCAGCGGCAGCGGCAGCGGCAGACCCGACGACGGUGGCGGCCGCGGCGGCGAUGGAGACCCUGGGGGCGGUGGCGGCAGCUAUGGGCCGCGGCGAAGGCUGGGAUGUUGCUGAGCAUGGGCGUGUGCAGGAAUAG